CCUGAGGAGGGCAUUGAGAAACACUGCAUUAGUUCCAUCAUAUUAGGACCAAAUUCUGGUCCUAAUAUGAUGGACUCAUUGAUUUGGGUCAGGGGUAACGUUUAGAGAGAGCAAGAGAACGCAGGCGGAUGAGAGAGAAAGGAAGGGGGAAAAAGAAGAGAGGCUUUCCUGCGAAGUUACAGUUCCUCCUCUGACAGUUUGCAGAAUGAUUGAUCUGUGAUGGUGGCUUCACCCUGGAAUAUCUUCUUUUGAGGAAACGGUUAACAAGGCCGAUUGUUUCUCUGACUGAACGUUUCAAUGGAGGACAAGCAGAUUUUCAGAGGGAUGCCUGGAGACGGGAAGGGAGAAGAGGACAAGCUGCUGAUGACCCAGAGUUCACAAACCGCGGCCUCAGAGUCGGACGCUGAAGCUGCGGAUGGAACGGGAUCUUUUACUGAAGUCAACAGCAUGUCAGAACUGUCUCCACCUGAAGUCUCUGUGAUCGUACCACCAACUCAGACGAGAAAGGCGACCGCUUUGAAACAUGAUGUGCAGAUUCACUUCAAGGGCGGAUCGGCCACAGCUGUGUACAUCUGCGCCCCGUGCUCUGUGGAGCGACACCAGCCGAAACCUUUGCAUUCCCUGCUGCCGCCCUUCACGGAGAUCCACAAACUCCCGGACGUGAGCCGAACACAGACCAAACCCAGAGGUCAAGACAGCCUCAAAACCUCGUCAGCUCACACCGAGGCAGAUGGAAGUGACCUGUGUGCCGCCAUCCUGCUGGGCUGCCUUUUCUGCCGGCCCGUGGACUGUCUAACGGAGACCUUCCGAGGAUGCACCGCGUGCUUCUGCUCGCUGUGCUCGUCGCUGUUCGGCUGCGAGCCCGGCGCCCUGCGGCCUCUCCUGGACCUCACGCCGCCCUGCGGCCCGUGCGCCGGCGCGCGCCUCCUCCUCUGCGACUGCACCGGCUGCGACGUCUGCCUCCCGGCCGCGGAGUGCCUGGACUGCGCCAUGGAAAUCUCUCAAAUGCUCUACCACUGACGCGUCGAAA